GUAAGUUUCCUUUUCGGCCUCCAGGUAGCUCACACAUGUGCCCCGGGCCCCUACGCAGCUGAGCUUUCCCGGUGGUGGCUGCUGCUGCUUUUUCUCCUUCUUCGUUCUGAGCUGCGUCCCGAGCGUCUCCGCCUGCUUCUCCUUCCUCUCUCCAUGGAGGCUUUCGCUUUCCCCAAACGUUCCAGCCAGGCUUCCUCCCUUCCCGUGGAGCUCGCCUCUCCUCUGGCAGACGGGCUCAUCAAGUCUCCCAAGCCCCUGAUGAAGAAGCAGGCGGUAAAGCGGCAUCAUCACAAGCACAAUUUGCGGCACCACUACGAGUUCCUGGAGACCUUGGGCAAAGGGACCUACGGAAAGGUGCAGAAAGCGAGAGAGCGAUCGGGAAGACUGGUGGCCAUCAAGUCCAUCCGGAAAGAUAAAAUCAAAGAUGAGCAGGACCUGUUGCAUAUCCGCAGGGAGAUUGAGAUCAUGUCAUCGCUGAACCACCCACACAUCAUCACCAUCCAUGAAGUGUUUGAAAACAGCAACAAGAUUGUCAUCGUCAUGGAGUAUGCCAGCCGAGGAGACUUGUAUGACUACAUUAGUGAACGGCAGCGUCUCAGUGAGCAAGAAGCCCGGCAUUUCUUCCGACAGAUUGUCUCAGCUGUGUACUACUGUCAUAAAAAUGGGAUUGUCCACCGGGAUCUCAAGCUGGAGAAUAUCCUCUUGGAUGCUAAUGACAACAUCAAGAUUGCAGACUUUGGCCUCUCCAACCUCUAUCACCAAGACAAGCUCCUGCAGACCUUCUGUGGGAGCCCCCUCUAUGCUUCACCAGAGAUUGUCAAUGGGAAGCCAUACAUGGGCCCAGAGGUGGACAGCUGGUCUCUGGGUGUUCUCCUCUAUAUCCUGGUACAUGGUAUGAUGCCUUUUGAUGGACAGGAUUAUAAGAGCCUCGUGAAACAGAUCAGCAAUGGGGAAUACCGAGAACCCGUCAAGCCUUCUGAUGCUUGUGGACUGAUCCGAUGGCUGCUAAUGGUGAACCCCACCCGCAGAGCCACCCUGGAGGAUGUGGCCAGCCAUUGGUGGGUCAACUGGGGCUAUGCUAUGCCAAUCGGGGAGCAGGAGGCUCUUCAAGAAAGUGGGGCUCCAGGAGGAGACUCCCCUCGGGCCACGGUGGCUGAAUGGCUCCGCCGCUCCUCUCGGCCCCUCCUGGAAAAUGGUGCCAAGGUGCGCAGUUUCUUCAAGCAACAUACAACGGGUGGAGCUGGGCUGGAGCGCCAGCACUCGCUUAAGAAGUCCCGAAAGGAGAAUGAUAUGGCUCAGUCUCUCCAGGGGGGUGUAGCUGCAGAGGCCUCCCCUAGUCCGGGCAAAGGCAUUCUCAAGCUACCCAAGGGUAUCCUCAAGAAGAAGGGGGUGUCCUCCACAGAGGGGCAGAGGGAGAACUCAGGAGAGCCUACACCAGAGCCCACUGUGGCCCCCAUCAGUUCCAGGCACACUGCCCUGGCACUACCCAAGAAGGGUAUUCUUAAGAAACCUCGGCAGAGGGAAUCAGGCUAUUACUCUUCCCCUGAACCGAGUGAUUCAGGGGACCUUUUGGAUGCAGGUGAUGUGUUUGUGAACAGCUACCCCAGUGUCGGGGAACCUACACAGCCCCCACAGCUCCCCCUCCAUCGUAAAGGCAUCCUCAAACAUAAUGGCAAGUUCUCGGGAGCCUCUCAGGAACUUGCGGUCUUUGGUUCUCUGGAUGAGCUGGCCCCAGCCCUCUCCGCUCGGGCCUGUCGCCCCUCGGGAGCCGUGAGUGAGGACAGCAUCCUGUCCACAGAGUCCUUUGACCAGCUCGACCUACCAGAACGCCUACCUAACCCUAAGCUGACCCUGCGUGGCUGUGUGUCAGUGGACAACCUGAUGGGCCUAGAGGAGCCAGCACCCCAGGGCUCUGGCUCCAGGCUCAGGCGAUGGAGGCAGGAUCCCCUUGCUGACAGCUGCUUCUCCCUGACAGACUGUCAGGAGGUGACUGAAGUAUACCGGCAGGCAUUGGCUGUUGGCAUGAAGCUCAGCUGAGGGUGGGAAAGCAGCUACUCCACCCCAUCCUUUGUGUCUGUGAACUGAAGGCUCAAACACUUUGCCAUACCUCCAUCUCAGAAGGGACUGCCUUGCAGACUGAGCUCACUGUCAUGGAGGCUUACGCCCCAAGGAAGGAAAGGAAAGAAAGUAAGUGAGGUGAGAGUUAGAGAUCUCCCCUUUAAACCAUAUGUCUUAGUCACCCCCAGUAGGAAGGGAAUGGGAAGACAGGUGGCCAAAGACAUCUGAAUGGACAAUCUACAAGUGGCCAACUCCUUCUGAUCUGCCAAGUGGACUAACGAUAUAACUGGAUCCACCUCCACCAGGAGACCCUGUCAGUCCAGUAUGAGGAGAGGUGUUGAGUAGGCUUGGAAGCCAUCCAAAGGCGAGUCUUCAGAAGAAAUGAAUUCUUUCUCAAGCCUGAACUCCAAAAUUGAAAUAGGGCACCCACUGUUGUGCCUUCAUGACUUCUACAGUGUCAUGGCAUUGGUGUCUCUGGUACCUUCCUGGGCUCAGGGGAGGGUCCACCCAGUAGUUCAAGAGGAGAACUACACAUCUCUUCACCCUUUCCCCUGCUGCCUAAGCAUGAGCCCUGACCCCUUAUCAGGCUUUUCCCUCUGAACCUUUGAGGGAAGCUGCUAUAAAUCCACAGGACUUGAAGAGGGCCCCUUGCUGCUGCACAAAUAAAAUGGUCAUCUCAGUGGGAGCCCAGGCUCCUCGAUCUUUGAACCUCAAAUGAGGAAGGCUUCCAGCCCUCCUUAUUCUUUCCCCAGUUCCCCACCCCAGACAAUGUCUGGCCUCUUCUUCAUUGGGUGGGUAGAUGGAUCACUGUUCUGGGGUCUUUUUGUCUUGAAAAGAAAAGCUUUCUAUUUAUUUGUAUUUCCUCAGUUAUGUAUUAUUUUUUAAAAAAUGAAUCUUACCAUUUUCAAUAA